AUGUCUACCAUUAGAAAUGCUGCCACGGCGAUCAAUGCCCGCAUAUCGAGGUCGACGUUUGGGAGAGUCUUCCGCCUUCAAGGAUCGGGCCACCUCUUGACCAAAAUCAGAGCUGGUGUAACGGCGUUCUUCACCAUGGCCUAUAUCAUUGCUGUCAAUGCAUCUAUCCUGACACAAAGCGGAGGCAAAUGCAGAUCUGCAUACAAUACGUGCUUGAUCGGUAUCAAGAGAGAUCCCACCACUGCCACUGCUACAAUUACGGGUAUCAGUACUAUUGCUUUUGGGUUCCUCACUAAUCUCCCCGUAGCUCUUGCCUGGCUCGUCAAAGUCAUCCCAGCGAGUAUAACGGUCGCAAGCGGAGUGGGCAUUGGCAUUUAUGCGGGCAUUGGGCUGAUUUUCGGGAGUCCUGUUACACCAACCAAUAUUGCAGGUUGUCCACUUCGGUAUUUGAAUCCUGAGACUGGGGCCUGUGAUAGCCAUAAGGUGAAGAACCCAACGCUUUGGAUCGGUGUCAUUUGUGGCGGGCUCUUGACUGCAUAUCCCAUGGCCUACAGAAUCAAAUCAGCUAUCAUAAUCGGCAUCAUAGUAGUCUCAAUCAUGUCCUGGGCCCGAAACACCAUUUUCACCUACUUCCCCAACACCCCCGAUGGCGAUGAGAUGUUCUCCUUCUUCCGCCAUGUUUUCCCCCACCCCAUCAACUCCACGCUCGCAGCCCAAGACUGGAACGUCGCCGCGUCAGGAGCACACUUCGUUCUCGCGCUCUUCACUUUCCUCUACGUCGACAUCGUCGACGCAACCGCAACCCUCUACUCCAUGGCGCGUUUCUCGGGCGUCGUCGAUCCGGCAUCGAAUGACUUCCCUCGCUCUACGUUAGCUUAUUGCGUCGACGUGAUGUCGAUCUCCAUCGGGUCCCUCUUUGGAUGUUCGCCCGUAACCGCAUUCAUCGAGUCCGGGGCUGGGAUCACGGAGGGCGGACGAACAGGUCUCACAGCCAUCAUGACCGGUCUCUGUUUCCUGAUCUCCUUCUUUGUCCCGAUCUUCGCAUCCAUACCGCCGUGGGCUACGGGGUGUACCUUGAUUCUUGUGGGCUGUAUGAUGAUGCGCCAAGUCACCGUGUCGUUUUGUUACAGUGUGGCGUAUGGCUUGAUUGCAGGGUUGUUUACGUAUAUGGUGUUGAAUGGGGGCAUUUAUGUUACGCGGAAGGUGAGCGGCUUGGUGUUUGGGAGGGAAAUGGGACCCCCGGAUGCGGAUAAGGGGGAAUAUUGGACGUAUAUGAUUGGUUGA